AUGUUUUCAAAAUUUUAUUACGUUGUUUUAUUUAUCUCCAUCUUCCUCUCCUACAGUUCAUGCGUUUAUUUUCGCCGGAUCUUCUUCCUGUUUUCUACGGAGAUCGGUGAAACUUUGAAAUACUCCAAGAAAGACUAUGGUAAGUCCCUUCUACUGUCUUGUAAUUCCGUAUUUAGGAACCUUGAUUUCCGUUUCGACCUUUACCUAUGCAAUGGGCAAGCUUAUUCUGGGAUCCCUCAACGAUUCAAUCCGGCCAGAGAGAUUACUCUCCUUGAGUGUAUUUCUGGUGUCGUUGACGGUGCUGGCACUGUCAAGGGCUACCAGUUUCACUGAAAUUAUAAUAUAUGUAUCGCUGAACAUGUUUAUACAGGGCGGAGCAUGGAUCGCGUCCGUUAAACUGUUAAAAUCGGUAAGGAUUGAAAGGAUGCACCUAGUCUUUCUUGUAGAACUUUUCUUCGGAUAAUUUCUCAACUCUUUUCUGCAUCUUGGGAUGUAGCAACAACUUUGCUGGCUUCGUUGCUCCUUUAACUUUGAGAAAACCAUGGAGAGACACUGUGCAAUUCUAUGGUAUGACUUUCCUUAUCGUUUUUAUUCAUAAUUUAGGUACCAUCGGAGUUGGAUUCGCCGCAUAUCUGGUUUUGGCGUUACGAUCAAAGGAGUCCAGAGAGAUCAGACGUCCAGAAAAGCCCAAAGACAGAUCAGUGUUGGCUCUUGUUCUGACUGAUCGAACUGUUUGGAUCGUUUCGAUGUUGCUGUUGAUAUCAGUUGAGAUACGAACCAUUGCUGAAAGUUGGACUCCUGUUUUUAUCAGAGACACUUCAUCAAGUCCGGAGAGCGAUCUGAAGUUGUUCCUGUCGGCUUUUGAUGUUGGUGGGAUCUUGGGUGGACUUCUUUCCGGUCUGACCUGUCAAUUAUUAUAUAAAAGUAAGGGACGGGAUCGGUCAAGAGUCAACGUUGGGCUUUCCUGCACCUUCCUGCUCAUCUUCAUGACUGCAGCGCUGUUUUGGACAAAGGUAAGAAAAAUUCGUCUUCGAAAGAUAUUGUUUUAGAUGACAACUGUCCUUGGCUUUGUUGUUGGGGCCUUAGUUUAUGCCAAUAUUAACGUCUGGGGAAUGGUUUCAUCAGAUAUGGCGCCCCAUGAGAUUACGGGGACAGUGAAUGCUGUUAUCUCGUUUAUUUGUAAUGGUAAGUCAACAAUUUUAUUGAGUCUGUAUUCCUUUAGGAGGAUCGUUGAUAGCUGGAAGACCGGUGGCGUUAUUAGUGGAGUCUUUUGGGUUUGACGGUCUACUUCCGUUCCUAUUUGCUCAUUUAAUAGUGCCUAUCUUGCUGUUUUAUCCAUGUAAAAGCGGUCAGUUAAAGGUCAAGACCGAUUAG